AUGGGUUACAGGUCACAGAUACAAAAAUAUGAGCAACAACAACAACGACCUUGGAGUACGAGCCCCGGAGUACGAGCCAUGGAGUACAAGCCCUGGGUACAGCUAGCCCGGAGUACGAGCCUUGGGUACGAGACUUGGAGUACGAGCCCUGGGUACAGCCCGGGUACAGGCAGGAGUACGAGACUUGGGUACAGGCCCUGGAGUACGAGCCGGGUACAGCCAGUCAACCCUACAAGCCCUGGAGUAGCCUGGGUACUAGCCUGGCUCAUCCACUCAUCCAUCAACUCAUCCAUCAACUCUUCCAUUCAUCCAUCAACUCAUCCAGUCAACCAUCAACUCAUCCAGUCAACCAUCAACUCAUCCAAGUCAACCAUCAACUCCACUCCAACCAUCAACUCAUCCAGUCAACCAUCAACUCAUCCAUCAACUCAUCCACCAACCAUCAACUCAUCCAGUCAACCAUCAACUCAUCCAGUCAACCAUCAACUCAUCCAGUCAUCCAUCAACUCAUCAGUCAACCAUCAACUCAUCCAGUCAACCAUCAACUCAUCCAGUCAACCAUCAACUCAUCCAGUCAACCAUCAACUCAUCCAGUCAACCGUCAACUCAUCAGUCAACCAUCAACUCAUCCAGUCAACCAUCAACUCAUCCAGUCAACCAUCAACUCAUCCAGUCAACCAUCAACUCAUCCAGUCAACCAUCAACUCAUCCAGUCAACCAUCAACUCAUCCAGUCAACCGUCAACUCAUCCAGUCAACCAUCAACUCCAGUCAACCAUCAACUCAUCCAGUCAACCAUCAACUCAUCCAGUCAACCAUCAACUCAUCCAGUCAACCAUCAACUCAUCCAGUCAACCAUCAACUCAUCCACUCAACCAUCAACUCAUCCAGUCAACCAUCAACUCAUCCACUCAACCAUCAACUCAUCCAGUCAACCAUCAAAUCAUUCACUCAACCAUCAACUCAUCCAGUCAACCAUCAAAUCAUCCACUCAACCAUCAAAUCAUCCACUCAACCAUCAACUCAUCCAGUCAACCAUCAAAUCAUCACUCAACCAUCAACUCAUCCACUCAACCAUCAACUCAUCCAGUCAACCAUCAACUCAUCCACUCAACCAUCAACUCAUCCAGUCAACCAUCAACUCAUCCAGUCAACCAUCAACUCAUCCAGUCAACCAUCAACUCAUCCAGUCAACCAUCAACUCAUCCAGUCAACCAUCAACUCAUCCACUCAACCAUCAAAUCAACACAAUCUCUCAGGAAGUUCUCUCAGUUCUCAGGAUAUCUCUCAGUUCUCAAGGAUAUCUCUCAGUUCUCAGGGAGUUCUCUCAGUUCUCAAGGAUAUCUCUCAGUUCUCAGGAAGGAUAUCUCUCAGCUCUCAGGAAGUUCUCUCAGUUCUCAGGAAGUUCUCUCAGUUCUUAAUUAAUUCUGUUAGCUCUCAGGGAGUUCUCUCAGUUCUCAAGGAUAUCUCUCAGUUCUCAGGAAGUUCUCUCGGUUCUCAGGGAGUUCUCUCAGCUCUCAGGAAGUUCUCUCAGUUCUCAGGAUAUCUCUCAGUUCUCAGGGAGUUCUCUCAGUUCUCAAGGAUAUCUCUCAGUUCUCAGGAAGUUCUCUCGGUUCUCAGGGAGUUCUCUCAGUUCUCAGGGAGUUCUCAGGGAGUUCUCUCAGUUCUCAGUUCUCUCGGUGAUCGGUUAUAA